UGUGUAAUUUUGCUAUGAAAUAGUUGUGACGGCGGGGCAGGACGCUGGUGAUGCGCCACAGGACAGCUGGGAAGGGACACGGUCCGAGCUGCCCCCGGCUAAGAGCCGCCCUGGGGAGGCUGGAGCUGCGGGAGGGAAAGCCCGUGGAGGCCACAGCUGUGGAAGAGGAGCCCCGCGGGCUGUCACCGCAGGCCGGGGGGAGGCCGACGGGGCAGGCUGGGCUGCGUGGGGCGGCCGGCAGCUCCCCGAGGGGCGCGAAGCCGCGCGGGUAACCGCCUUUGAGGGGGUGAUGGCGCCCCCCGCGCGUUCGGGCAUGGCCGGGCUCGGGCGCUGUUCUGCCCCGCGGAGGCCGCUGUAGCGCCGCGUUGCCCCGGCUACCGGCUCGGCGGUGCCGGCGCGGACCCGGCGCGGGGGCUGGCGCCGUGCGGGCCGUGGGGCCGUUCCCGCCGGGCCCAGGUGCCGUGGAGCUCGCCCCCGCCCCCCGCGCUGCCGGGGGGCUGCACCGCGGGAGCGGGACGGGGGCGGGGAGCGUCACUGCACCGCAGCGGCCGUCCCUCCUCCCGGGGUGCGGGGGCAGAGGCGGCACCGGGCACGGCGGCGGGGGCUGGUUCGCUCUGCGUCCUGCCCCGUCGGUGGGGAGCCAGCCCCGCAGUCCGGGCACUGCGCGGAGAGAGGCUCCGCCGUUCCCCGCCCGCGCCCGGCGGCAGCCUGCCCCCCUCGCCCCCAGCCCUGCGGACAGAGGCGGCCCGCGGAGAGGGGAAACUCGGCUCGAAACUCCCCCCGCCGAAGUACCCGCGGCUGUACCGGGGUCUGCAGGCGCCGGCCCCGCUCCCUGCCCGCCCGGGCCAAGCGGAGAAAGUUUCCCGGCAGGAGGCUCGGCGGGGGCGAGCGGCGGCGGCCGCUGCCGCAGUGUGUGCACCGAGGCGAGGCCGCUGGCGGCGGCUCCCGGCGGCUGGCGCGCCCGGAGGGGGAGCUCCGCCGAGCCUCCUGCCGUCUUCCGUGCGAUGUGAGGCUCGCGGAGAGCAUCGGUUGCCAAAGGCUUUAGCAGUUACAUGCACCCAAUAAUCUUCUUCUCCAAAAUGGAUUUUAGUCAGAGCAAUUUAUUUGGAUACAUAGAAGACCUGCAGGAACUAACUAUUAUAGAGAGGCCAGUACGCAGGAGCCUGAAGACACCAGAAGAAAUAGAAAGAUUGACAGUUGAUGAAGAACUCGGUGAUAUUGAAAGGGCUGUUUAUCUACUCAGUUCUGGCCAGGAUAUCCAAGGAACAAGUGUGGUGGCAAAUCUUCCAGUCCUGAUGCGACAGAAUCCUGCAGAAACACUUCGUCGAGUUUUACCAAAAAUCAGAGAGGUGCUACAUGUUGCAGGAGUGGAAAUGCAGUUAACAGCUGCUGUUUCGUUUUUGACGGUUCUGCAAGAGGAGUCGGUGUCCAUCCAUACGUACUCCCACUCCUUCCUACACAUCAUUCUCCAGCACCUGGAACACAGAGAUGCAGGAGUCAGCAAUGCAUGGCUAGAAACUCUUCUUGCUGUAAUAGAAGCUUUACCAAAAGAAACUGUGAGGCAUGAGAUCCUGAAUCCACUUGUUUCCAAAGCACAGCUUUCUCAAUCACUUCAGUCACGCUUAGUUAGUUGUAAAAUCAUGGGAAAAUUAGCUAACAAAUUUGAAGCCCAUAUUAUGAAAAGAGAGAUUCUUCCACUGGUAAAGUCACUGUGCCAGGAUGUGGAAUAUGAAGUUAGAACUUGCAUGUGUCGGCAACUGGAACAUAUAGCUCAAGGAAUAGGGACAGAACUAACAAAAACUGUGGUGCUUCCUGAGUUAGUAGAACUGGCAAGAGACGAGAGCAGCAGUGUGCGCCUUGCAGCUUUUGAGACGUUAGUGAAUCUGCUUGAGAUGUUUGAUGCAGAUGACAGGAGUCAAACUGUGCUCCCCUUAGUGAAGUCAUUCUGUGAAAAAUCCUUCAAAUCAGAUGAAUCUAUCCUAAUUUCUUUAUCUUUCCAUUUAGGGAAACUAUGUAACGGAUUAUAUGGCAUUUUUACUCCUGAACAGCACUUACGGUUUUUGGAAUUUUACAAGAAGCUUUCCACACUGGGUUUGCAGCAGGAAAAUGGACACAACGAUAAUCAACUACAACUUCAAACUCUAGAACAGGAAAAGAAGUAUAUUUCAGUGAGGAAGAACUGUGCUUACAAUUUCCCAGCCAUGAUUGUUUUUGUGGAUCCAAAGAACUUCCAUUUAGAACUAUAUUCUAUAUUUUUCUGCCUUUGUCAUGACCCUGAAGUUCCCGUCAGAUAUACCAUGGCCAUAAGCUUCUAUGAAGUUGCUAAGCUUUUAAAUUCUGGUGUGUAUACAAUACAUAAAGAACUGGUUACACUAUUACAGGAUGAGUCACUGGAGGUGUUAGAUGCUCUGGUAGGUCACCUUCCUGAAAUCCUUGAGCUAAUGGCUAACGGAGGAGAAAACAGUGGAUCAGAAAGCAAGUUAUUGUCUAUUCCUGACUUGAUUCCUGCAUUAACAACAGCAGAACAGAGAGCAGCAACUUCUUUAAAGUGGAGAACUCAUGAGAAGUUACUACAAAAAUAUGCAUGUCUCCCUCAUAUCAUAUCAAGUGAUCAGAUUUAUUACCGUUUUCUUCACAGAAUGUUGACAAUCAUUUUGACAAAUAAUGUCCUGCCAGUCCAAAAAGCAGCUGCUCGAACUCUCUGUGUUUAUUUACGUUAUAAUCGCAAGCAAGAACAGAGACAUGAGGUUAUUCAGAAGUUGAUUGAACAACUGGGCCAAGGAAAAAGUUAUUGGAACAGACUUCGGUUUUUAGAUACUUGUGAAUUCAUUAUGGAACUGUUUUCAAAAUCAUUCUUCUGUAAAUACUUCUUUCUACCUGUGCUUGAACUUACACACGAUCCCGUGGCAAAUGUGAGAAUGAAGCUAUGCUAUUUGUUGCCAAAAGUUAAAUCUACUCUGAAGAUUCCAACUGAUAAACAUUUACUUCAGCAGUUGGAAUUAUGUAUAAGAAAACUUUUGUGUCAAGAGAAAGAUAAAGAUGUCCUAACUAUUGUAAAAAGAACAGUGUUAGAAUUGGACAGAAUGGAGAUCUCUGUAGAUGCUUUUCAGAAAAGAUUUUACGAAAAUGAUUUAUUGGAUCAAGAAAAAGAGAGACAAGAACAUCUCCUUUUGGAAAUGGAACAAUUGGAAAAAGAGAAGCAGCAAAAUGAAGGAAGAUCUACAAAUAUUAAUGAUAAAAUGUUUGAAAAGAAGCGUAGAGACAGUAAAACAUCAUCAGUGUUGACAAAAAGUAUCACACUGUCUGUUCCUGGAAGCUCUUCUGGUCCAUCAGCAGGCAAAGAAGACAAGAAAUCCAAGUUGGUUCGAAGCCAGUCUUUCAAUACUCAAGCACUACAUCCAAAAUACAGCAACAUAGACAAGUGUCCUAAUAAAAGCUCUGCUACAGGAUAUACAUCUUCAGUAUCAGGGAUGGGAAAGAGUUGUAUGUUGUCCUUUAGUGAUGAUUCAUUCCGGAGUCAUUCUGCUGGUAAUAGUGGGAAUACUGCCUUCCCUUCCAGUUCUUCUUCUCGCAACUUAUUUAACUCAACUGACCAAAAGAGCAAUGGAAAUAAGGAGAGUCAGUCCCGAAAGAUGAGCAUAAAAAACAGAAAAUCAAACUCUUAGAUGUUCUCACAGAAAAAGAAGUGAACCAGAAAGUGGAGGAAGCAACGUUCUGGUGCGAUGAGAUGGGAGGAGCAGAUGGGACUCUCUAAUGACUGGAAUGAGUAAAAUGCAUCUUGCAGUGUUAAAACUUUUUCUAUUUUAAAUAAAAUCCCACGUUGUAAAAUACGUUCCAAUAAGUAAUGUAACGGUUGCAGAAUUCUAACAUUGUAGUGAAAUGUUAUGAAAUAUAACUAUGUGCUCUUAACUGCUGCAGCUAAAGAGAGGAUUUUGUUUUCUUCAAUUAUGCCUUUGUAGUUCAAAUUCUUGGAUUUAGAAUGCACGUAUUCAUUACUUAAUUGGCUUCUUCACAAUUUUAGCAAUUCUUAGCACCCAUGUGUUAUGCAAGAAAGAGGGAAUUUUUAUCAAUAUGAAAAAGUAAUCCCACAUUUUAAAGAAACUUCAAACCUAAUUUAAGACCAAAGUCCAGAACCACUCAUCAGUCUAUAAAAGAUACAAACUUCAGUAGCAUUGUGCUGUGAAUUUGGAGGUCAUGUUUUUACAAGUACUAAGUAAAGUUCAUAAAAAUCCUCUGUAAGCUACAAAGCAAUCUAAAAGCAGACGUCUCCAAAUAAUAUAAAAAAAAUGUUUUAUUUCAUAAGUUUUGUUGUAUAAAUACUUGUUUUAAUUUUUGGUAUUUCAGAUUGUAUUUUCACUUGAAUAAUUUAUAAUGAUGAAUCUAGUUUUUAAUCAGCUGUUAUAGCAAGCUAUCAUGCUUCAGUGAUGUCAUCUGCAUUUGUUUGUAUUAAUGUUAAUGUUUCUAUCAAAAUUUGUCUGUGAGAAAACAUGCAAUUCUAUUUUAAAAAGUUCUAUUUAUGCCAAUACUUGAGAGAGAGCCUAUGAAGCUAUUGUCAGCUUCUCUGCUUCAAAAUGAAAGCAGCAUAAAUACAUUGAUAUCAGAAAUAUGUGGUUUUUAAAAUUUAUUGGUGUAUGAUAAAGAUGAUCUGAUCUGUGAAUGCAUAUGCGUGCGUGGUUACUUUUUAUAAUGUAAAAAUAUGAAUGAUGAUUUAUUCAAAAUAAAACCCAGGACAAUGCUGUACAUGCAUGUUCUUGAAAAAAAAAUUCUCAGGGCAUCUUUUAUAAUUAAAAUGAAUAAAAGCACUUACCUAUAGAAGGUAUUUAUUUUAAAUAGUAAUAAUGCUGGAUGUAUGCUGUCUUGUGUGAAGUACAAAUUGUGGUUUUUGAUUUAGAAAUGUUUCACUCUCUGAAUUCUUAAGCUUCUUACACUGCAGCUUGAUUUAGGUGUAUUCCACAUCAUCAGUCACAGACAUUGUUUGGAUUCCAUGGAAACAUUCCAGUUUUCAGUUUGUUCUGCAAACUGGUGCAGGAUCUUGUAAAUCACAGGUUUCUUUAAAAGCUUCUUCAAGUAUUAUGAUGUUUAACAUGCAGUAUUGAUGCAGAUAUGCACAUGGCCAAAGCUGGCUCCUCCCAGGUUCCGCUUUUAUCUCAUUAAUGAAAGCAGACAGCCCUGGGUCCCCAGGGAAAACUAACAACUUGUCACCUGCAGCUGCUCACCUAUGGCCACAGGAGCUGCUCAGUCUGUUCUCAGUCUGACUGUGCCAGGGACCACACUCAGAUCAGCAGUACCCAGCUGCAGGACAGGACACGACACUGUGUUUGACCCUCACAUACCUUUACUAGAGCACUAAAGAGCAGCCCCUAAGUUCAGAAACUUGAAUCCAAGCUAUUUCUCCUUUUAAUAGGCAUGUAAUGAGGUCUGUAUACAGUCUGUAAUUUGUUUCCUAUUGGCUGUCAUUUGUCUGGCAUUUUUAGCUGAUUAACUUAUUUAACGCUGGUAACACGUGCUUCACUCAAUAACCCUACAAUUUAUUAAACUCAUGCUCUGUAAUCUUUAAAUGCACUAUUUAGACAUUUUUUGGUCUGCAUAUCUUCCUUGUACAAUACUUCUGCAGUCUCAUGUAUCCUCUCACUACAGGUAUCCUCACACCACAGACGUCCAUCCCAGCAAUCUCUUUUGGGGCUGCUUACUUCAGGGGUUACUCCUCUUGGACAGCAGUGACGCUGCUGAACCCUUCAUGGCAUUGUUUUUACUUGCAACUCAGAAUAACAGCUGGAGCUCUCAACUGUACAGCAGUAAUUGGGUGGUUCUCUAUAGCAACAUUCUUCCUGUUAAUUACUUUGAGGCAGGAAGGAGCAAUUCCCUUUCUUUCUGGGUACAUGCAUACGUGGAGGUGGGUUAGAUGCACCUUUGUAGUUAGAUACCACAGUCUGCCUGCUAACCCAUUUUGAGAGAGGUUUACCCAGUAUCUGGGUUGCCAUGGGUAGACAUCUAAUGGUGAGGUGAUUUUUAGGGAUGUUUACCAGCUUUACCCUCUAAUGCAUUUGUUGUAUGUUCUCUCGUGGAUUCACCUGUCUGUGUGCAUUUACUGAUAGACACCUUUGAAGUUUCUUUGCCAAAUAAUUUGAAAAUUCUUCUGCCUGCUUUUGGGCAGCUAUUUUGUGAAGGCUGCAUAAGAAACUAGAUCUGGCUAGAUAUGUUCUAUGUAGCUAAAAGUAGCUUUUUGUGUUGUUUCAAACUUCGUAUUUGGGCUCUGCCACCAAUUAAAAUUUACUAAAUGUUCAAGA